GCGGGCCGAGGCGGGCCGGGCCGGGCCGGGCCGUGCCGGGCCGAGCGGAGCCGAGCCGAGCCGCCGGCGGCAGCAGCGCCGGGCGGAAGGGCAGCCCGCAGCAUGUCGCCGCUCCGCGUCUGCAUCGUCGGCUCGGGGAACUGGGGAUCAGCCAUAGCAAGAAUCAUUGGCAAAAAUGUCCAGAAGUCCAACAGAUUUGAUCCUACCGUCAAGAUGUGGGUAUUUGAAGAGAUCAUCAAUGGAAGAAAACUCUCAGAAAUAAUCAACCAGGAACACGAAAAUGUUAAAUAUCUGCCUGGAUACAAGAUACCCAAAAAUGUGGUAGCUGUACCAGAUGUGGUCGAAGCAACAAACGGGGCAGAUAUUUUAGUGUUUGUUCUGCCACAUCAAUUUGUUGGACGAAUCUGCGAGCAGAUUGCAGGCCAGAUAAAAUCCGGGACAUUUGGGAUUUCCCUGAUCAAGGGGAUCGAUGAGGGUCCUGACGGCCUGAAGCUCAUAUCUGACCUCAUUCGAGAGAAACUGAAAAUAGAAAUCAGUGUGCUUAUGGGGGCCAACAUAGCCAAGGAAGUGGCUGAUGAGAAGUUCUGUGAAACCACCAUUGGGUGCAAAAAUGAAAAACAAGGGGAGAUCUUUAAAGAAUUAAUGCAGACCCCCAAUUUCAGGAUUACCGUGGUGCUUGACUCUGAUACAGUGGAGAUCUGUGGAGCCUUAAAAAACAUCGUAGCAGUGGGAGCUGGGUUCUGCGAUGGACUAGAUUUCGGCGAUAAUACAAAGGCAGCAGUUAUACGCUUGGGCCUUAUGGAAAUGGUGGCCUUUGCCAAGAUGUUCUGCAGGGGACCGGUAUCAAUAGCCACUUUCCUGGAAAGCUGCGGCGUCGCUGAUCUAAUCACUACCUGCUACGGGGGACGCAACAGGAAAGUAGCAGAAGCCUUUGCUCGCACAGGAAAAUCCAUUGAGGAACUGGAAAAUGAGAUGCUGAACGGACAAAAGCUGCAAGGUCCUCAGACCUCAGCCGAAGUCUACAAGAUUCUGAAACAGAAAAAUACGCUCGAUAAGUUUCCAUUAUUUACAACCAUCUACAAGAUCUGCUACGAGGGUCAGUCGAUCCAGGAUUUCAUCACGUGCCUGCAGAACCACCCAGAGCACAUUUAGAGAUCCCCUCUCCUCACCUGGUUGCACCAGGACUUCUGUCCAUUCCAUGGCAAAUAAAGUAGAGAAACAGGUUGUGUGACAACACUUGCUGUAAAAGCAACAAAGAAUGUAUUUCAGUAUCCUCAUUCUGGGGGUAAAAAAAAAAAUCUGCCUUUAAUUUCAACAUUAUACCCAAGGAACAGGAAACGAAUGUAAAAUUUAACAGUAUUUGAUUUGAGUUAGUAGUGUGGGCAUAUCCCUAGAAUUACUUUCUCGUUGGUUGAAAACAGUUUCCCUUGUAAUUUCCACAAGAGCUCACUCUAGCUCACGUGAACCUCAAUGUUUUGCCUGCUAAUGUUACUUACAGAACAGCACAAGAUGCAGAAAAAUUGAACUCGUGCAAACAGAAAAAUUAUAGUAAAAA